GCAUCCACUUCAUUCAGCUGUUAAUUUACUGUGUGCCAAGGCAGCCUGCGUACCUUGAUACAUCGACUUUGUUUAGCUGUUUUCGUACUGAUUCUUUUCCCCUCUAUCCUUGGAUAUAAAUGACUGAUUGCCAAAUGGUUUCCUCAGAUUUUACACCAGAAGAGAAGAUGGAGAUCAAAACCAUCAAGACAUAUAAAAAAGACCUUCUGGAUGAUAUCCAGAAGUUAAAAAUGGAGAUAGACAAUGUGAUGGCAGAAAUACUCAGUUUUGAGUCUGCAGAAGAAAACAAAGCAAUAGAGAAAAACAAACAAUUUGCAAAUGGGAAGAAGAAAUUCAACAUGGACCCUAAAAAGGGAAUCAACUACUUGUUGGAGAUUAAGCUGCUGGAUGGAAGUGCUCAAUCCAUCGCCGAGUUUCUCUACAAGGAAGAAGGACUCAACAAGACAGCCAUUGGAGAAUUCCUUGGAGAAAGGGAAGAACUCCACCUUCAGACCCUGAAGGCUUUUGUGGAGCUGCACGAGUUCUCCGACCUCAACCUGGUCCAGGCUCUCAGACAGUUUCUGUGGAGUUUCCGUCUGCCUGGUGAAGCUCAGAAGAUUGACCGUAUGAUGGAGGCCUUCGCCACCCGCUACUGCGACUGCAACCUCGAUGUCUUCCAGUCAACUGACACGUGCUACAUCCUGUCUUUUGCCAUCAUCAUGUUGAACACGAGCCUUCACAACCCCAACGUGAAGGACAAAACCACUCUGGAGCGUUUCAUCUCCAUGAACAGAGGCAUCAACAAUGGAGAGGACCUACCCAAUGAUCUGCUGUCGAAACUGUACGAGAGCAUACGCAACGAGCCCUUCAAAAUCCCAGAGGACGAUGGGAAUGAUCUGACUCACACCUUCUUCAACCCCGACAGAGAAGGAUGGCUCCUCAAACUUGGAGGUCGAGUUAAGACGUGGAAGAGGCGAUGGUUCAUUCUGACAGACAACUGCCUCUACUACUUCGAGUACACCACUGAUAAAGAGCCCCGAGGCAUCAUCCCCCUGGAGAAUCUCUGUGUUAGAGAAGUGCAUUACCCUCGUAAACCGUACUGUCUGGAGCUGUACAACCCCAACAGUCGAGGGCAGAAGAUCAAAGCAUGUAAGACAGAGACGGAUGGCAGGGUGGUGGAGGGGAAACACCAGUCCUACACAAUCUGUGCCUCCAGCGCAGAAGAGAGAGAUUCCUGGAUUGAGGCCAUCAGGGCAAGUAUCACCAAGGAUCCGUUCUACGACUUGGUCUCAGUCCGUAAGAAAAAGGUGAUACACCAAACUCCCCAGGACUCAGGAGAGCAGGAUCCGACCUCGUGAAUGUUCAGCUCACUCCACCGUGCACUGUGGAUUGUAAUUUAUUUUGAAAAUCAUUUUAACCACCCUGCAACAAAAGCGCAAUGGAGGCUUCAGAAACACACUGACGGUGGUGGUUUAGACUAAAAAAGAGACUUCCCUUUCCACUUCUCCUUUCAUAGACUGAGAAACACAGUGUCAGGGGU